UCGAUCGCAGUGUCGGCGCGUGCAUAUAUGUGUGUGUGUGUGUGUGUGUGUGGUGGUGGUGGUGACCGAACUAGCUCGCGCUCUGUCGGUGAGGAAACUUAAAGCAGCGCGUGAAGCUUGCGAAGAUUCUUUUUUUUUGUGCAUGAAAGUUCUGUUGUUGUUGUUGUUGUUGUUGUUGUUGUUGUUGUUUUGCCCAAAAACUAUCCGCGUUUAUCUGAGAGGAUCUGAAACCGGGGCAUAUCUGAGCUGGAGAGAUGGACACCAGAUCUCCAGUUUUACUAAGCUGAGAUCCAAAGGACUCCACACAGGACAUGUGGCUCAGGAAGGUACGAGUGUAGAACCUUCACACAUUAAAAUCAGAUCGGUGUGAGAGAUGGGCUCCAGUCUGACGUGUGUUGGCAUAGCGUGGGCUCUGAUCUCACUGCUGUGCGCUGCCGCCUCCUGUGUGGGAUUCUUCAUGCCCUACUGGCUCCUGGGCUCUCAGAUGGGGAAGCCGGUAUCGUUCGGGACGUUCCGGCGCUGUUCAUACCCAGUGCGUGAUGAGGUUCACGGCGGUACGGUGAUGAUGGAGCAUUGUGGACGCUAUGCCUCGUUCCUGAGCAUCCCCAGUCUGGAGUGGAGGAUCUGUACGGUGGUGACGGGAACCGGGUGUGGCCUGCUGCUGCUCGUGGCUCUCACGGCACUCAUGGGCUGCUGUGUGUCGGACAUCAUAUCACGCACCAUCGGGCGAGCGGCAGGAGGGAUCCAGUUUGUGGGAGGUUUGCUGAUCGGCUCUGGUUGCGCUCUUUAUCCUCUCGGAUGGAACAGUGAGGAGGUUAAACAGACCUGCAGCAACACCUCUGACCAGUUUAACCUCGGUUCAUGUGAACUCGGCUGGGCUUUUUACUGCACGAGUGUUGGAGCUGCCGUCACCCUGCUGCUGUGUACGUGGAUGUCCUGCUUCGCCGGGAAAAAACAGAAACACUAUCUGUACUGAGAGAGCGUGCACACACACACACAGACACAGACACACACACACAUGUGCGCCUCAGACAUGAAAAUUUUAACACACCCCUGUACAGAGGGGAAAAAUCUUCAUGUUUUAUGACUCUUGAAUUUAAAGAGCAACUUUUUUGCAUGACUGACCUUUGACCUUUCAAGGUGUGUUUUUGGAUUCUCCUUUUUUUCCCAGAGUGGAAAGGACGAUCUGCUCUUUAUUUACUAAGUCAGUUUUGAUUUUUGUGUUGUAUUUUGUUGUGGUCAGUGUGUAACUGAAGUGAUUCAAGUAACUGAAUAUUCAGUUUAUUAGUUAUUGAUGAUAAAAAAUAAACUUUAGCGCUCUGGAUAUUUUAUUGUAUUUUAAUGUAAUGUUAUGCUUUAUAUUUAAAUAAUAUCACCUGUUUAUUGCCUUAAAUAUCUCACAUGCAAUAAAAACCAGCUCGUGUGGAGCAUUUGUUUGAAAUGUAGAACAAAUGGUGUAGUUUUCAUUUUGCCAAAAUAUGUUAGUUAUUAUAAUUUCCUCUUUUCCCCAAUAAAUGAAAUCUUUAAGCCA